AUGGGUCCUGAAGAAGGCUCUUCGCGAGUCGCGUCUUCCCCGCCAUCUUUCUUCUCUUCUUCGCUUCUUUUUCCUGCUCUUCUCCCGCGGCCUUCGAAGGCGUCCGCGCCGACCUCUUCGUCUCCUCCGGCCCAUCCGUUUGACGCCCUUCGUCCAGCGACUCGAGAAGAUCUCUUUGCGUUUCUUUCUUCUCUCUCUCCAGCUGCAGACGAAAAACACGCUGUCCUCUCGUCUCUCGCUUCAUUCGCCUCUUCGUGCUCGAGCUGUGCAAACCGCUGCAACCAACGCCUCGACGCGUAUCGAAGCUUCCUCUCUUCCCUCGACUCUUCCUCUCCUGUCUCUCCGUCAACUUCUCCCAGGAGUCCUGAAGCGCCUCUAGAGGGCCGCAGGGCAGCGGCGAUUGCGGAGGAAGUCGAGGAGCAAGUGGAUGCGUGGCGACGGAGGUGUUUGACUGCAUGCGCGCGGGAGCUCACUUCUCAACUUCCUUCGUCUCCCUGA